GGUUCCCAUUUUUUAUUACAAAACAAACACAGAUAGCAGGAUACAGAAAGUUUUCUCUUUUUUGUAAGAGAAGCCAGGUCCCACGUCACCUCACACUCUACUCUGAUCGGACCACCGCUGCCCUUCGGCAUUCCCGACGAGUAACCCUUCUCUAGUAACCACCUCAAAAGCUUCAAUGGACUACAGCUCUGAAGAAGAGUCAGAUAUCAGCGAGUCUGAGAUUGAGGAAUACUCUGACAAACCUUAUAAGGAGUUAAAGGAUGGUAAAUACAAAGUGAAGAAUUUAAACGGUACACUCAGGUGUCCAUAUUGUGCUGGAAAAAAGAAGCAAGAGUUCAAAUAUAAGGAUUUGAUGCAACAUGCAACUGGAGUAAGCAAAGGUUCAGCAAACAGAAACGCCAAACAAAAGGCAAACCACCUCGCUCUGGCAAAGUUUUUGGAGACUGACCUAGCAAAUGAAGCAGACCAAAUACCUCCCCCGCCUUUGACCGAAGCUGUCAACCAACCUGCACCACAGGUUGAGAACUAUGUCUGGCCAUGGACAGGCAUAAUUGUUAAUAUUAAGAGCAAACUGAAUGAUUCUGGAUACUGGCUAAAGGAAUUUGCCAAGUACAGACCAUUGGAUGUCCAUGUAUUCUUCAUGGAUGGUGACACUCAGGCUGUAGUAGACUUCAACAAUGACUGGAAUGGUUUCAUGAAUGCAAGUGAAUUUGAGAAAUCCUUUGAAACUAAACAUCAUGGGAAGAAGGACUGGAAUUCAAUGGACAUGCAGGCCAGUUCAGACAUUUAUGGAUGGGUUGCACGUGAAGAUGAUUAUAAUUGUGGAGGGCCAAUCGGGGAGUACCUUCGGAACAAAGGAAGGCUGAGGACAAUUUCAGAUAUUGUUCAAGAAGCAUCUGAAAGCAGAAAUAGCAUUGUGGAAAACCUGGCUAAUGAAAUUGAUAUUACAAAUGAAAACCUCAACAAAAUGCAAUAUAAGUAUAACGAGAAGACCAUGUCUUUAAGUAGGAUGCUGGAGGAGAAAGACAGGCUUCACAAUGCUUUUGUUGAAGAGUCAAGGAGCAUGCAGCGUAAAGCUCGUGAAGAGGUACGAAGGAUCUUGGAAGAACAAGAAAAGUUGCGUAAUGAAUUGGAUGAAAAAAUGCGGAAGCUAGAUACCUGGAGCAGAGAUCUGAAUAAACGUGAGGUACUAACUGAUCAAGAGAGGCAGAAACUGGAAGAGGACAAGAAGAAGAAAGACUCGAGGAAUGAAUCACUCAUGUUGGCUUCAAAGGAGCAGAAGAUAGCCGAUGAGAAUGUCUUCAGGCUUGUUGAAGAGCAAAAGAGAGAAAAAGAAGAGGCCUUAAACAAGAUCCUUCAAUUGGAAAAGCAACUAGAUGCCAAACAAAAAUUAGAAAUGGAAAUUGAGGAAUUAAAAGGGAAAUUGCAAGUUAUGAAACAUCUUGGAGAUCAAGAUGAUGAAGCUGUUAAGAAAAAAAUGGAAGAAAUGAGUACUGAAUUGGCAGACAAAAUAGAAAGUUUGGAGGAUAUGGAGUCUAUGAAUCAAACCCUCAUUGCCAAGGAGCGCCAGAGCAAUGAUGAACUACAGGAAGCUCGUAAAGAGUUAAUAGCCGGGUUAAAUGAAAUGCUGACUGGUAAUAAUAAAACUAAUAUUGGGACGAAAAGAAUGGGAGACCUUGAUCAGAAAGUUUUUGUGAAUGUCUGCAAGAAAAGAUUUCUUUCUGAAGAAGAAGCUGGGAUGAAGGCCAUGGAGCUUUGCUCUUUUUGGCAGGAGAAUGUGAAGAAUUCAGCUUGGCACCCUUUUAAAGUCGUCAGAGAGAAUGAUAGCCAUGUGUCAGUCAUGAAUGAGGAAGAUGAGAAGUUAAAAAAGCUCAAGCAGGAAUGGGGAGAUGAGAUAUAUUCAGCUGUUGAAACAGCCUUGAAAGAAGUAAAUGAAUACAAUCCAAGUGGUGGGUAUGCUGUAUAUGAGCUGUGGAACUUCAAGGAACAGAGGAAGGCAACACUAAAAGAAGUUAUUACUUAUAUCGUGGAACAUAUGAAGCAACUUAAGCGCAAGAGAGGAUAGGAAAAAGGGGAGAAGUACAUCUUAUCUCAAUGGGGAGAUGGAAAAGCAGGAUCAUUUUCAUGGGAAUGUAGUGCUGUACCUUGACUUUGAAUAGCAUUAAAUAUACUAUGAGUAAGAUAGAAGUAGGACCUUUUAAUGGGCUUCAGACUUCAGUUAGCUGUUUUAUCUAUCUAUUGUGGAUUAUUAAUAUUUUGACUAUUUCAGUUCUAAUAUUCCAGUCUGAACUAAUGAUGAUGAAACGGUUGCUGGUUAUCGCAUA